CUACAAAACGAAGAUCAUUUUGGUUACGUUUUUCCAUUUUUACAUAUCUUCCAGAAUACCUGGGGUGCUGCCUAUGAAUAAUAAUUCUCGCAGCACCCCAAGGAAAUUUUUAAGGGUGCUUCAACAGGCCCCAGCACCGCAACUUCCCAGGACCGUGGCUAGACAUGCCCCCUUUAUAAGUUCUUUCAGGGGGCUUAACAUCGUCAUAAUCAUCACCAUCAUCGUCAUCAAAUUCACCACCAUUGUCCUCUUCUAUCAUAUCCAGUCUAGUCUUUAUCCUGUGAUUCGCAUUUAACGUGAUGUCGCCCUCUAGUGUACGAGCUACGCGCAAUAAUGUCAAUAAUGAAUGAAAUAUUUCUGCACACUUUUUCGCGAUAUAUUUCUCACGGAUCGGAUCCAAAGCGGUCACAUGACAUGACACACGGACAACCACCAUUUCUCCAGACUACAAACACUAGGUAAAACAAAGUGGAAAUUGUUGACAAUAAUUGUUGGUAUUAUAAUUGAGGUGGAGAAGAUUUGACAACCAUUCUUGGAUGUACGGCAGACUUGUUUGUAGAGCUCGUCUCUAGGUCAAGGACCCGGAGCACACGGGUGUUUUCAAGUUUAUCCUGAGGACAAGUAGGGCAAAUAGAGACAAGUAAACAAGUGAUAUCCAUCAAAGCUAAGGUCAAGGAGAAAAGGGUCACCUAAAAGGAGUCUAGAGGCUCUUGGGAGGACAUCCAGACAGGAUUUGACCUCAAUAAGAGGUCAAGGGUCAUCUUCAAGCUUGGAGUUCAAGUUGGGAUUACCACAGAGGAAGAGAGUUCUAAGCAUAAACUCCCAGCAACAGGUCGCCCCACUGCCAUGUGAGCUGUGCUAGCAUCGGCAAGCCAAGCGAGACACCAGGCAUCGGGUUACCAAGUCUAUUAAUACAAGUGCCAUGAGCAACAUGUAAGGUGUUAUGAUCUCACACAAAUCCUACGCUGAUAAACUUAACAACUCGCCCGCUAUCACCAUCACUGUCGGCUGGCAUCCGUGCUAAUGAUAUGCCACUUUGUCUCACACGUUAUGUCAGAGCCAUUCAUGUGCCUCUAAUGAACAGCUACUUUUGUCUGUCACGGCUCCAUCUCCAAUCACCCUUCCCAGGCAGUCUUCUCAAGUUGGUUCGUUUUUUCAAACUGACGGAUUGAGGAAGAGGUGUAGUUAAUCACACAUCUGCAUCUCAGUCUUGAUCAUCCUCACCCUUGAGUAGCUGCUUUCUUGCAGACAUCCUUUUCCACGGAGACUGGACGAAACCUGCUGCUGAGGGCAGCAGACGCAUGUAUGUGGCCGGCCUGGGUGCCCGUGCUCAAACGUAGAAAGAGAGGACCAGCUUAUAGCGACCAGCAAGACGAGGGAUCAUGCAACAAGAUGGGGGCAGGGAACAGUGCCACUAUCUGCGAUAAGUUUCGCAGCAGUAGUUCCUCAGAUCUCUCUCCUGGAAGUAGUGUAGAUCAACAUCCAGCCACAGACAAAAGUAACAGAAAUGGGAAACAAGUCUUGUCUGAAGGGCAAAUUUCAUUUGGUGUUCCCAAAUCCUUAGCAGCCAAAGAGCAACAUACAGCAGUGAGGAGAGAGAACGGAGACGGAAUGGAAACAGAAGAUGCAUCCCAUGUAGCGUUGCUUAGCGACCAUACCAAGGGUACUCAGGAGGAAGAGGAGAAAAUGGACACUAUGGAAUCAGAAACAAAAGUUGUUUUCACAGCAGGUGAUGGGGGACGACGACGAUGAUGACGAUGACGUGACCCUGUCAGAAUCCACACCGAACUUUCAAUCAUGGCAGCAGCACCACGAGCUGGUGCGAGGUCGUCCAUACCUGGCGUUGGACACUAGGAUACGUUCCCACAGCCAGUCAGAGGUGGAGGACUGUACAUACCACCAUGGGGUGCGACCUGUUAGCAGUGCCAUGCCCAUCGUGGAUGUCACUGGUAGGCCCUUGAGCUGUGGGCCACGUGACAUAACAUCAACCAGUCCACGAGGAAGAAUAGUUGUUAAAAGUAUCAGUGCCGAUAAUCCCACCCAGAUCCUUUCGUCACAAAUGCUGUCUGUCCCCAACGGAUCAUCUUCAAGUGCUCCAAAGCAAGUGCCUGUAUCGCGGCGGAUCUACCCGUCGUUGCCCUACUCCCCUUAUGGUUCACCGUCUGGAUCCCCAUGUGCCUCACCCCGCACCAGACGGCCACCUACCAAGGAGUCCAGAACCAUCUCCAUCCUAGACAAAUUGAACUAUGUGCAGCUGAAUCAGUACCACUUGAAAGAUGAGAUCGGCAAGGGUUCUUAUGGAGUAGUAAAGCUGGCCUAUAACGAGGAAGACGAUACACACUAUGCAAUGAAAAUCCUAUCCAAGAAGAAACUUAUCAAGAAAGGAGGAUUUGCAAAGCGCCCACCACCUCGAGGAGGGAAGCCUAACAAGGCACCUAAAACACCUCUGGAUAGAGUUUAUCAAGAGAUUGCCAUACUGAAGAAGCUGGACCAUCCAAAUGUUGUAAAACUUGUUGAGGUUUUGGAUGACCCAAACACAGAUUAUCUCUACAUGGUCUUUGAGCUGGUGGAGAAAGGGCCUGUAAUGGAGGUGCCUUCUGAUAAUCCUCUGAGUGAGAUGUUGGCUUUGACCUACUUUAGGGACAUCGUACAAGGCAUGGAGUUCUUGCAUUAUCAAAAGGUGAUCCAUCGAGACAUCAAACCUUCUAACCUACUCCUGGAUGAAGACAAUCAUGUUAAGAUUGCAGAUUUCGGAGUGAGUGACAAGUUUGAAGGGAUUGAUGCUCUUCUUUCAGACACCGUUGGUACACCAGCAUUCAUGGCUCCAGAGUCCCUACUAGAGGAGUCAAACAAAUAUGGUGGACGAGCCUUGGAUGUAUGGGCAAUGGGAUGCACUCUUUACUGCUUUCUCUUUGGCCAGGUGCCAUUUCAAGACAACUUUAUCUUAGGCCUUCAUAAUAAGAUUAGGACUCAACCUGUCAUGUUCCCUGAAGAUAUUGAUGUUUCUGCGGAAGUAAAACAUCUAAUCACCAGAAUGCUGGAGAAGGAACCACAGAAGAGGAUAACACUUCCUGAAAUCAAGGAAGAUCCAUGGGUAACCCAACAUGGUUAUGAACCUCUGAUGUCCCAGGAAGAGAACUGUAUACUAGUAGAAGUAUCUCAGGAUGAAGUAGAUAGCUGUAUCAAGCGACUACCAAAGAUUGAAACACUUAUACUUGUGAAGAAUAUGCUGAAGACUAGAUCCUUUCAUAACCCUUAUAGGAACUCUAGGAAAGGAAGAUUUGCACUCUCAUCACUGGGUUCCAGUGUGGAUAGUAAAAUGGAAGCUACAGUCAAAUAAACCUACAUCUUAACUUAUUGACUUGAAAUUGAAGAGACAUUUGAGGAUAAAUUGGCAAAGACUGAGAUUUUGACUUAAAAGUCAUGGAAGUUGAGUGAUAUCUGCCAGGAGGAAUAACCGGGUUCAGAUAUUCUUCUGAGAGUGGAGUUUAAGGAUAUUUUUUUUUGAAGGCUUGAACAGAAAUAUUGAUUAUGAAAGGUGUAGAGUCGUGAUCAUCUGGCAAGUUGAGGAAGGAAACUAACACAGGCUACAAGAGUAAAAGGAGGAAAGACAAAGUGAACAACAGCUGAGUGAAGAAGCAGAUGUUUGUCUCGCCUGCAUAGCAGAGCAAGACUAUAGGUGCCACAUUUCUGACAGCCUGGCAGUCGUCAACAGAGAAGUCCUUACCUAAGGUUAAGUUUUUUAAAUAUCUACAUAACUUUGAAAGGAUGAGGUCUCCUGUGUAAUGAAACUUGAUCAUAAAGUCAUUCAAGUAGCACGGAUCAUUUUUACAAGUUGCAAGUCAUAUGAUCAAUGUCAAAGGCCAUUCAGGGUCAAUGAAUUUAGUCAUGUUGUGUUUCCUUGUCAAGGUCAAUGAACUAAGGAUUUUAUUAUCACAUGAAUGUCACCCCCCCUUCUUUUUGAUAAAAAUUACUCAGUCAGCACUGCAGCUAUAUUGAAUUGCAUCAUGCAGGUGAGAUUGCCAGGGUCAUUCUUCCUGUUUAUUGUCAAUCUAUGUCAUCUAUGGAAGCUUCAGAGCUAGUAAAAUCCUGACAGCAUGUUUUCAUGGAACAAAUAUUUACAAUCGCAAUUUUUAUAAGCUCUUGAAACAUGUAUUUGUUUCGCUCAGAACAAAUUAAUCAGUAGACAUCACUUACAAGAUAAUUUCUGAAACACUCCACUGACUGAAAAAAUAGAACCUGCAAUAAAAAAUGUUAUUUUUGACUUUGAAUGGCUUUGAGAGAUUCAUGUGUUUCCAAUAAUACUGUGGUCUGUGGCUUACAGAAAUAAGAGCAUCAUAUCCAAUUGUUUAUUUCAUCGCUUUUUGCUUGUGAAAUUGAUUUUAAAUGUACAUUGAUUAAACUUGUAUUCAGUUUUCUUCUCCAAUGCGUGAUGAUUGAUUUUGUAAGGUUGUGUGACAAAUCAGUAGAUUUUUAGAUUUCUGUAUAUGGUUUGUUUGUAUUUCCAAGUCAUAUUUUAUUUCUCCUUUCUUUUUAUAAAGUUUAAUUCUUUUUUACACUCCAUUCCUGCUAACCUCCUACUCCUUCUCUCCACCUUCUGUUUAUCUCUCUCUUUUUUUUCCUUUCUCUCUCAUUACGCUAGUUUCACCCAUUGCCCCCCCCCCCCUGUUUUCAUCUGUCUCUUUUUAUCGCCUUCUUCACACCUCUCCCAGUCUCUCACUUUUUUCCUCCUCCCCACCUCUUAAUCUUUCUUCCAAACGCCCCCCCUCCAUCUCUUUCCCACUAUCAUUUUCCUUUUCCCCGGAUCAUGGUACGUGCAUUUAGUCUAGCUACAAUCUUAAACAUGCUUUAUGUUGGGGAAGCUGAACAAACAAAAAUGCAAUACUCCGUUGGUAUAUAUGUGUGAGAGAUCUUCUGCAAUCUGCAUGAUAAUCUACAAGGAGGAGUGGAUCAUUCCAACAAAGUGUGUGUAGUAGAAGGUUGUAUGUAGCACCUAUUGCUAAUAUCAAUCAAGACCUUUUGUCAGUGAAUGUGUCUCAUGAGGUUGUUUUAAUUAUUGAUGAGGCUCGCACUAAAUGCUUUAACAGUGUAUGUUUAUAAUUAUUCUAUAUUACUGUACAUAUAUUUGGUGUACAACUCGAUGGCGAUCUUUGUAUGCUUGUAUUAGUUAGGCAGGAUAAAACAAAUGACACCAUGACAUUUAAAGCAAAAGUGAUAUGUUGAAUACUUUCCUCAAAAUUUUAAUUGCCAAGUGUAAGAGGGAUCUUAUGUACAUGUAAAUGAGUAAAUGAGGCCUGAAGUUGUCAUUCACAUGGUAAAAUUAGAAAUAUCAAAUCUUCACCCAUUUGUUCUAAAUUUUCACUUUUUUGACAUAUUUUCCAUAUUUUAUAUGAUCGUUAUUUUGUAGUCAUUUACCAGGUAUCGAAAUUUACCUUAAAGAAGGUAUUGAAUUUUGCCAAACUUCCUUUAAUUUUAUAGUUUGAAUUGAUAAGCAUUUCAGAACAUGAUACUACACAACUCAUUUUCUUUGUAGUUAUGAUACAUGCAUAUAUACCUAGCUUAUUUUGAUUGAACGAUUCAGAUAAAUGGACAUUUGUUUAAAGCUGGGAUGCUGAU